UUUAUCAUAGUUUUGAGAUAAUAGAAGAAAACUCUUUUAAAUAUAUAUAUAAAAAGUAGGGAAAAAGAGAAGAGUGAAGGUGAAAUGGCAGGAGUGUGCCUGAAUCAUAUAUCUCGAGAGUCCAACGACAUAAACCGCCUUGCCAAAUUCUAUCAAGAGAUAUUUGGAUUUGAAGAAGUAGAAAGCCCCAAGUUCGGAGAGUUUAAGGUUGUAUGGCUACGUGUUCCAUCUUCUUCAUUAUAUCUUCACCUCAUCGAGCGCAACCCAUCUAACAAUCUCCCUGAAGGUCCAUGGAGUGCCACCUCUCCUGUUAAAGACCCUUCCCAUCUUCCUAGAGGCCAUCAUCUCUGUUUCUCUGUAUCCAAUUUCCAAUCCUUCCUCCAAACUCUCAAGGAUAAGGGCAUUGAGACUUUUGAGAAAUCUCUGCCUAAUGGCAAAAUCAAACAAGUUUUCUUUUUUGACCCUGAUGGUAAUGGCUUGGAGGUUGCAAGCAAGGAAGACUCCUAGUUACUUUGAUAAUGCAUGUGUUAUCUGUAAUUAAUUAUAAAUAAAAAUGCUCCUUAUUAUCAUUUAAGAACACCAAACAUAUGUUAAUGUUACAAGAACAUUUCCUCCAUCUAGAUGCUGCUGUAAUGCACCUUUAUUAAUAAAAUAAAGCUAGAUUUUGAUAAAA